CUUUAGGCAUUAUUUAUAAAGGAAAAAGAAUGGGAGCAAAUAUUCAAGUUCUGAUUAUAGUUGGCACCAUCAUAUAUUUUGCCACAAUUUCGUAUGCUUUCAAUAUUGGCAAAGGGACUGCCACAUUCUACAAACGCCCUUAUGAACCCUAUGCAUGUAACGUUAAACACGAUUUUGAAGGUAACUUUAUAGCCGCAGCAAGUGAUAAAAUAUGGGAAAAUAGUGGAGCAUGUGGGGAACAUUAUGUCGUUGUAAAAUGUAUUGGUGUCACAAACCGAGCACCACCACCUUGUAAGGAUGGCAUUGUUACGGUUAAAAUCGUCGAUUAUUGUAGAGGACCAAGAUGCGGAACCAUCACUCUUUCUGAAGAUGCUGGAAGAAUUAAAAUUGAAUAUUUUACGUUGGGAUCUUGAGAAGGUAAUUUAUACAAUAGUGAAGAUACCCGUACUUUUGGAAGAAUUUGGAUUUGAAAUUAAAUAUGAAUUGUUGAAAAUCUACAAUAUUUGUAAUUUUUUUUUUACAACACUAAAACCAAAUUUCAUAUGAAAAUACUUAUAUUU